AUGCAUAUUCAAGAAGUAAAGGAGAAAGAUCCCAAACCAACAGUUCAGCUGAAAAUAUCAGACCAAUCAAAAAAGACGUACUCAUUUGUAAUGAAAAGGAAGACAAAACUAAGCAAGUUGUUUAAAGAGUACACAGACAGAUCGCAUCUUGACUCGCACAAGUUAAGAUUCACACACAAUGGAAUCACUGUAAGUGGAGAAGAGACAGCAGACUCACUUGGACUGAAGAAUGACGAUGUAUUAGAAGUGUUUUCAUCACAGGUUGGAGGAUAG